AUGCCUCGCAAGCCUACACCUACAGACAAACAGAGGGUGAGGACCGGUUGUCUGACAUGUCGCAAGAGGCGAAGAAAAUGUGAUGAGCAAAAACCACGAUGCGCAAACUGUGAAGUCAAAGGAUUCACUUGCAAGUAUGGAUCGGACUUGGCUUUCAUGACGCCGCGGUCUGGGGAGGUACUUGGUGGAUUGCGACAGGGCUACAAGGCGAUCAAGUUCGUGGAUGAUUCGCCUGCUCCAAUUGCCAAAGGGAGACCAAGACAGCAAUCUGCACCAAGCCAGAGCAAUGGGCAAGAUAACCUGGAUCACCAAGAAGAGAUCCCAUUUCAAAAUCAUGACAUCCGCCCCGUCGGGUUGAGCAUUCAUGCCCCCGAUGUGUCCAUUACAUAUCCAGGAUCGGACUUGCAUGCGGAUACUGACAUGCUUGUUGAUGCAGAACCUCAAGCCUCUGUUGCCUAUCACGGACAUCUUGGUUUUGCUGCGAGUUAUCAAAGAUUAGUGCACAGGCCAAGCAAGGAAAACACAAGUUAUGAGACUGAUCUACUUCGACAUUUUCGUUAUCACGUUGGGCCAUGGAUGGACACUGGCGAUUCCAAUUGCGCCCUCGGCGUUCGGGUCCUCCUUCUUUCCCGAUUAAACAGACCUCUACAAUGCGCCAUCCUCGCACUAUCGGCAGGUCAGAGAUCUCUUCUUUCUUUGACCCACAGUGAAGAUAUUGUGAAUAUGCUGCGAUUCCGCAAGGAGGCAGAAGAAAACAUCGCACUGCAGCCUGAGCUGGAAAGGCGUGUCGGUGAAGUCCUAUUGACCGUGCAAGAACUUUUACCGUCUGGACUUCAUCAAUGGAGAAAUCUCCUUUCACCGCAAAUUGAGCAUCCGCGUGGAUUCAUGUCACCACUUGACCUGGCUCAAGAGCUGGGAGAAUCGCUAUUUUGGCUCUAUUUUCGACUUGACCUGGCAGCCUCAAUCUCCACCUCCAAAGCACCCAUUAUCUCAUUCCAAUCAUUUCUCCAACGAAAUGGAUCUUCAAUCCAUACAUCCCAAUCUACAGUGCAACUGAUUACUAACAAAUUCUAUCAGCAUGCGUUAUGUCUCCUGGGACAUUGUCUCGCCUUGAUAUAUGGAGACCCUGUUUCUUCUCUCCAAGCGGGCUCUCCACAAUUAGCAGCCUUCCCAUCUCUUCGACAGUCCCACUUCCUCUCACAGUGGACCUUUCUCUGGUCAGAUUGUCAAAAGUGGUAUAAUGAGCGCCCAGUCGAUGCGCAACAGAUCUUGGAUGUCCGUGGAGGUGAAGCAGAUCAAAUUGACCCGGACCACAACUCAUCGUUCCCGAUCAUGAUCUUUACAACACCUAUGGCGCUGGUCGCCAAUGCUGUUUACCAUAUAACGUCCCUCUUGCUCCUUACGCACAAACCACGGCUUCUCAAGUCGCUUCCCGGUCCACGGUGUUUUACUUCACAUAUAUGGCAUGCGCAGGCAAUCGCCGGUAUUGCAGCUAGCAAUGACUCGCCAGAGCAGUGGGACCCCGUACUCGUCGCCAGUCUGUUAUUCAUUGCGAGAGACAUGACGCAUGAGUCCCAGCAAGUUGUUAUACUGGAGCGAUUGAGAAGGAUAACGGCUACCACGGGUAUUAAUUUGGAGCAUGAGACAGACUCGCUGAAAUCGAGAUGGAGAGUUGCGAGAUAUGACGGAGAACUAGAAGUAUAG